CUUAUCUUUUGACUUGUUCUGUAGUUCCUCCUUUGUACCGAAGUUAACUAUAAUGAUAAGGAUUAAGGGCAUUAAAUAUAAUUACUGGUUGUCUAUGCUAAAAUGAAUCGAUUCAGGAUUAAUAUUCUCGUUUAUGGUUUGAUAUGCUUUACAUUAGAAAGUGUGUGUGGAAAAAAUAUAAUUAAGAGAAAUUCAAAUGUAACUGAUAUCUUAGAUGGUUUAACCUGCUAUGUUUGUGGAUUAGAUGAGGAUGAAGGCAGUCCAGCAAAACAUUUAUCAGAUUGCUCGAAAAUACAAACAUGCCAGCCUGGUGAAUAUUGCUAUUUGGAACAUAUUUAUGAUUUGGAGAAGGGAACAGAUUACUUUGUAGGAGGAUGUCGUGCUUCCGACACCUGUCAUCUGCAAACUUGCCUGAAAGAUGAAUACAGUAAAAGACAGCUUCACACAAAACUGGUACACUGUUCAGAGUGUUGUUCAUCGUCGUAUUGUAAUGGGAAACUAUGCAACUUGCCAAAUGAUCACCGUUUAAAUUUUACAACAUGCUAUAGCUGUAAAGACAUCAGAGAUCCUACAAAAUGUCACACUAUUGUAGAUUGUCCUCCUAAUGAGAUAUGCAGUGUAGAAGCACAAGCCGUAGUUUCUUCUGAGUCAUACCUACAAUAUGAUAUAGGCUGUAAGCCAAGGACGAUGUGCAAGGGCUUGGAAACUAUUAACAAACGCCAAGUUCAGUUGGCAUCAAAGUGCUGUAACACCACGUUGUGUAAUGACCAUUACAAAGAUGAAGAAAAUCACCAUUCAAUUGUUCGUCCAGCAACUUUUACUUGUCCACCGUUUCCAACGACUUUCGCCCCAACCAAAAUACCUCCGAGUACAUCAGCAAACCCUAUGUCUACAACUACGCCAGCCACUACUACAACAACAAUAACGACUUCUGUUGCUACAUUGACUAAGCCUAUGAAAAAUAUUACAUCGACAACAGUUUCAAGUCUACCAACUAGCAGAUCAACAAACACACCCUUAUUAACUACUUCGUACACCCUUCCGUCUGAUACAUCAACUGUUCCUAAAACAACAACCACAAUUCAAUUAACGUCAAAUAUCGUGACAACAAAUGCCACAACAACAACUUCAAUUAAGUCUACUACAAUGCCUUCAACUGAGCAUAAAACUCCCUCAACUAUACCGAACACAACAAUUAUUCAAACUACAACACCUACUCCAACGACAACAACUAUUCACACUACAACAACUACUCCGACGACAACAACAACUACACCAACUACCACGCCUACUACAACAACAACUACGCCUACAACCACGGCUACUACAACACCUAUACCAACUACGACUACAAUUCCUACUACAACAACUAUACCUACCACAACAACUAUUCCGACGACAACAACUAUACCUACCACAACAACUAUUCCGACUACAACAACUAUACCUACCACAACAACUAUUCCGACAACAACAACUAUACCUACUACUACGCCUACAACUACUCCUACUACUACACAAACCACUACACCUACAACACCAGCAGAGCCGAUAUCUUGUCAUCUAUGUCGUGGACCUAAGUUUAUAUGUGAAAGGAGUCACGUGUCAAGUAAAUGUCUUGAUCCAGCACAACAGUUUUGUAUCAAUGAUGUAGAAAACCUUAAAGAUGGCAGCAGAUAUGUUACCCGAAGAUGUGCCACAAGAGCAGAGUGUGAAAAAGACUGGAUAGCUGAAAGCGCAGAUAGAAAUGAAUGCAAGAACUAUAAUGUCGUUAUUCUACAGGAUGCCCACUUCGAGUGUUCUUUCUGCUGCCAAGGAGAUGACUGUAACCUUGAAACAGUUCCAGAUAAUUUGUAUGGCAAAUAGAAUAAAUGUUUCGGGAACA